AACAUUUCUUGAAGAUAAACUCCAAUUUUGCAUUAUUGGAAGGUUUAUAUCAAUAGUGUUUAAACAUCAACAGAGAACGAUGAGUUAUAAAUUACCAAUCGUACUAUUUUUAUCCGGUCUUUUAACUACCCUGUACGCGGAUUCCCAAGAUGCUCCUUUAGUAUCGGCUCCUUAUGGGGAUAUCAAAGGUGCUCUACUCACAAGUAGACUAGGAAGGACAAUAUAUGCAUUUCGAGGUAUCCGCUACGCCAAAGCCCCUAUUGACGAGCUAAGGUUUAAACCACCAGUGCCAAUAGAUAGAGUAGAAGGAGUUUACGAUGCCACCAAUGAUGGACCGUCUUGUCCACAACCAGUCUUACGACCAAUAUCCGAGGAUUGUUUAAUCCUGAACGUCUACUCAACAAAACUCCCUGCUGGUAAACUGAACCCGAAACGACCCGUCAUCGUGCACAUUUACCCAGGCGCUUUUUACAGCUCAACGUCCGUGAGUUACUGGGCCGGUCCGCAAUAUUUCACGGACCAGGACAUUGUUUUGGUGACAUUUAAUUACCGUAUCGGAUCUUUAGGUUUUAUCAGCACCGGCGAUAAAGAAGCCCCCGGUAAUAACGGAAUGAGAGAUCAAGUGGCCGCUUUGAAGUGGGUCCGCAGGAACAUCGAGCAUUUCGGCGGCGAUCCGGAUUCGAUCACCAUUCUCGGCUACAGCGCUGGCGCCUGGAGCGUUGUUUUGCACAUGGUGUCUCCCAUGUCUCGAGGUUUGUUCCAUAGAGCCAUAUCGAUGAGCGGCUCUGCUGUUGGUGCUUGGCAAAUACCGCAUAAUCAGACCAACAUCGCUAAAAAGCAGGCGAGAAUUAUGGGUUGUCCUGAUGAUACGUCGGAAAAUAUUAUUAAAUGCCUUAAAACGAAAUCGGCCGAAGAACUUGGAGAUUCUCUGCUAAAAUUCGCUGAAUUUGGAACUGAUCCAGUGCUGAUAUGGUCACCUGUUAUAGAACCCGAUCUUGGUCAAACAAGAUUUCUGGAAGACCAUCCGAUUCGUCUAAUUGCAACAAAAAAGUUUCAGCAAGUACCGUUUAUUUGCGGAAGAACUACCGAAGAAUUUAAUUAUUUCGCGUUAAAUAUUCUUAAAAAUAAAACGCUAACCAAAGAAAUGAACGAUGAUUUCGAAAGGGUAGCACCGAUUUCGUUCGUUUACGAAAGAAAUACAGAAUUUUCAAAAAACAUCAGCAGAGCGAUCAAGAAAUUCUAUUUCAACGACAGGCCGAUUGAUUGGAGUCAAGAGCAGGCUCUGAAAAAUGUAUAUGAAGAUGCGAUUGUUGGUUUCCAAAUGCACAGAGCAGCAAGACUCAUAUCAGAAUUCAAUGAAAGUCCGGUGUAUUAUUACAAAUUCAGUUAUCCAGGCCGUUACAGUCAUUUGUAUAAAAGUGGCUCGAACAAUACAAUACCUUAUGGUGUUGUUCAUCACGACGAUUUGAUAUACUUGUUUUAUAUAUCAGUAUUGUUUCCUCGAUUCAAGGAGUGUUCGCCAAAAGAAGUGGAAAUGGUGACGAAGCUAACCACCCUUUAUGCUAAUUUCGCCAAAACCGGAAAUCCAACACCAGUCAGCUCGGAAAUUCUCGAAAACACCACAUGGGAACCUUACACACCGAAGGACAAGAAGUACUUGGACAUCGGGAAGACAUUGACAAUGAAACAAAAACUAUUAGAGAACCGAUUUUCAUUUUGGGAGAAGAAUUAUCCCGUUAGCAUGUAUUUGGAAGAGGGAAAUACGCAUUAAUGAUGGAAAAAUUCCAUCGAAAUUUUCUUAUGAUUAAAUCGCAAUUAAAUUUGAUAAUUUGCACUUAAAGAUAAUUUUUAUUUGAGUACUUAUAUUUGUUAAGCAUUAUGAUGUAAUAGCAAAUAAAAUGGUAUGUAGAAAAGAAUGUUUACGUAGUAAGUAUAUGGGUAGGUGCAAAUUUGUUUGCAAUAUUGCCAAUUCUAUGAGUUGAACAAAGAAAGAUUAAUGAAAUAACAGUGGUUAAAAUAAGAAAGUUGCAAUCCCACAAUAUCAUAUUUUUUCCUUUACAUGAGGGUAAUGGAAAUUGUCUUUGUUGUGCCCAUAGAUAUUGCUUUACCGUUUAAAUUACCCUUUAUUUUCACUAUAACUGGAGAUUCUUCCCAUUUACUCUAGUAUAACAACC